UUUUUAUUUUUUUUUUGAGAGAGAGAGGGAGAUCGGAAACGAGCAAAAUGGCAGCCGAGCGCAGUAGCGCAGCAUGUGCUGUGGCGAUGAAGCGUAAGAAUGGAGCAGGAGCGGGAUGGAUGAGUGGUUCCAUUCUGAUGACGACGGGCUUGGUGUUGAUGGUGAGCUUGGCCUUGGUCCCGUUGCAAGUGCAGGCUGCUCCCACAUCAGCUGCCAAUGCGACAUCUGUGCCGACCACCCCGACCAACGCAUCAACCACCGUGUCGACCACCGUGCCGACCAACGUACCGACCAACGCACCGACCACCAACGCGUCAACCAACACGUCAACCACCGUGCCGACCACCGUGCCGACCACCGUGCCGACCACCGUGCCGACCACCGUGCCGACCACCGUGCCGACCACCGUGCCGACCACCGUGCCGACCACCGUGCCGACCACCGUGCCGACCAACGCGUCAACCACCGCACCAACAACCGUGCCGACGGCUGGGCCAACAACCAAUGCCUCGACAUCUGCGCCAGCCACCUCGGCCCCAACAAACGCUCCCGGGAACAGCACUUCUACCGUGACGAGCAAACCCACCUCGUCAUCUUCCUCUUCAACAUCGUAUUGGGGCUCAACGACUGAUCCCUCCGGAGCUUACGGCAACGCCACUUGCUCGUCGUGCGGCGUCAAACCCGGAAAAAUGACCGGCUACUGCAAAAAGACAGGCACUUGCGUCAAAUUCUCUGGGGUCAAGUGUGAUGGUUGCGAUGCCAAGGACUGCUACGUCUGGAACUGCAACAUGAAUGUGAUGACCCUGAUCUACAUUAUCAUCCCUUGCACGGUGGUCGGCAUCCUGCUCCUUUUCUGCCUGUGGAUGUAUUGCUGCUGCUGCCGCAAGAACAAGCGUCGUGCCAUCAACGUGUACCAGUACAAGGAGUCCUCAAAGGAUCGCAAGCAACGCCAAGCUCGCGAAGAGCGCCAGGCCAUUCGCAAGCAAGAGCGUAGCGAACGCCACCGUGAGCUUCGCAAGAAGUACAAUCUGUUGGGUGCCGAUGAUAGCAGCGACGACGAUGUCCUGCAGGCAUAGUCAGCUUGGCUGUCGUCACCAGAGCUUCUAUUUGAGCUUGCUAAGCACCUGAUAUUGCCUCUUGCUUCGUGUCAACCUGCACCUCGUUGUGUUUGAAGCGUUUCAAGUUUCAAUGCGAGCUUCUUUCUUUACUCUUUUCUCCGGUAUAUGGUCGCUGAAUUGCCUGUUGUUGCGGUUCAACGAAUGUGUGUCGGAAUCAUGUACCCAGAAGGCCAGUUUACGGCCGCCGUUACUUUGCUUAGUUUGUUGUCAAACAAUCAUCACUCGGGUUGUUUCGAAAAUGGUUUGUGCAUACACGUUGUAUGUGCGUAUUUGUAUAUGUGUGUGUGUUUGUGUGUUUUCGGUGUUUGCUUUUCGUUUUAUU